AAUUUUACAUUCCACCAGUCCAAAUUUGUACAAAACCAUGAGAUUUAUUAAUUACUUUUUCAUUUUAUUUUUGAUUAGUUUUGAUAGUCUGACAUCAGCAGCUCAACUGAAAGGACUAAAAAGGAAUAAAAACACUACCAUACGCGUGUUGGAUAGUUGUCAACAACGGUACGAAGCACUCACACAAGAACAAUAUGUCAGAUACGUGGAUGCUAGUGGUAGACGAGAAAGUGGAGUUUAUGGAGGCAAUACUUUGUGGUAUGGGUCGUUUGAUGAAUGUAACAAACUACCUGACUCGCGGUACUGUUUGACGAUAUUUCCUGGGAAUAUGACACUUUACCAAAACAAAGCAGAGACUUAUCAUUUUGAGUGGGGUGUUUGUGUUCCUAAGUCUUGUACAAAUAACGACAUCAAAGAACAUUUCUUAUAUCUUUUUCAUAAUGUUUCAGACAUCAGUUCAGUUUCACCGUUUACAACUUAUCUCCAAGUUCAGUGUUCUGAGAAUCCUGAAUACACGACAUCUGUUAUCUUAACAAUAAUAUUUUGUGGAAUUUUGGUUGGCUUGUCCAUCUUUGCAACGAUAACAGAGCUUUUGUAUUCAUUAAAACAUGGUGACCACGACGACCAAAAUGUCGGUGAUCGUGGCUUGCAUAUCUCAAUGGAUAAAGAGACGAACGAGAAGACUCCAUUACUACCAAAUGAUACCAAGAAGACUCAAAAGAGCGAAGAUUCUUUGGUUUAUAAAGUUCUUAAUUCUUUCUCAAUUUCUCGAAAUGUCAAAUGGAUAAUGAACACAUCUGUUAGGAAAGGAGAUUUGACGUGUCUUCAUGGAAUCAGAGUUUUAUCUUUAUUUUGGAUCAUUUUAAUUCAUGUCAACAAUCUUCCUGUGUUUUUUCCUCUGGACAAUGACAAAGGCUUUUUAAAAUCUCAGAGAAAAUUGGCCCCAAUGUUUUUGCACCAAGCCUAUGGAGUGGAUACAUUUUUUGUCUUGAGCGGGCUACUCGCAUUAUACAACAACAUUAACAAAAGAGUAAAAAAUAACGGAAAAACUAAUUGGCUUCAAUUUUAUUUUCAUCGAUUUUGGAGGCUCACUCCAACCUAUAUGUUUGUCAUAUUGCUCGUUGUGAAAUUUAGACCAUUUUGUGGGAACGGUCCACUCUGGUAUCUUCAAGCUGAUACUUCGACUUGUAGCAAAUAUUGGUGGAAAAAUUUGCUGUACAUUAAUAAUUGGAAAAUAGAAGACUUGUGUCUUGGUCCAAGCUGGCAGUUGUCUGCUGAUAUGCAGCUUUAUUUCAUAUCGCCAAUCUUUCUUCUUAUUGGAUACAGAUAUGGUCUUCGCGUACUCUUCAUGGCUGCAAGCGUUGUCAUUCUUGGUAGCAUGAUUACCACAUUUUGCAUUGCAGCUACUGAAGAUAUUUAUCCAAUGUCAUCAUAUGCCUUGUUAAGAAUGAACAUUUUUUUUCGUCCAAUUUACUUUAAAACUUAUUGUCGUGUUCCACCAUAUGCGAUGGGAAUGAUCCUUGGAUAUUAUCUUCAGAAAUAUCGCUCAAACAAAAUCAGAAUUAAUUUGAAAAUAGUCGUCUUUCUCUGGAUAUCUACCAUAGCUUUGGCGCUGACCGAUAUAUAUGCUCCAUACAGUUCAGUAAAAGAAGAUCCUCAUGUAUGGACGGUAUCCGAAAGUGCGUUUUUCUGGGCUUUUAGAUGGUUCAUCUGGGGUCUGUUUAUAGUUUGGCUCAUAUUUGCUUGUCACUAUGGCUAUGCAGGUUGGAUUCAAAACAUUUUAGGAGCAAAGUUUUGGAUUCCUUUGAGUCGCAUCAAUUAUGCUGCCUAUCUUGUGCAUUUUGAAGUGAUUUUAGUGUUAAAGUACAACGUUCAGACCCCUAUCCAUUUUACUUGGUUUACCUUUGUAACAUAUUCUCUGGCUUCGUUGGUAUUAGUUUAUUGCAUCGCAUUUGUCAUUACCGUUAUGGUAGAGUUGCCGUUUUCUAACAUCGAAAGUUUGGGCUGGAAAAGAUUGCAAAAACGUACAUAGAAAAUACAAAAGUAAAAUUUUACGGAAAGCAUUUUGUUAAAUUUUCACAAUUGAUACUGCUUGAUUGUGUUAAAAAACGUUAAGGUUAUUAACAACGUUUUCAAUUCAUGUGAACGCAACCAAAACCAAUUAAU